GCGCUACUGUUCGUGUCGCGUACUUUACUAACUUAAUCUUGGAGUGUAGAUCUACUGAAUUCUUGAUUAUAUGAUUAAAUGUAGAUCAAGAAAAUAAAAACGAAUGGAUUUAUUUGGUGACUUGCCAGAGCCAGAUCAUAUUAAAGAUUCUGUUAUUUGCCAUGAUCAUACUGCCUCAGGGGUAUCUUCCGAUAUUGACAAGCAAGGAAAUAAGCGGAGACUACUAGAAGAAUGUGAGGAGAGAGAUCUUGAAGAAAAACGAAAGAAGAAUGAAGAGAGUGAGAAGGCAUCACAAAAUUAUGCUUACAUACUUAAAGGAUAUGUAGCAGACCGUCAAGGUGAAAGAGAAGAUAUGCAAGAUGCCCAUGUUCUUAUAGAUGACUUCCUUCAACACAUACCAGGCUUACAUAAUUCAAUCCAUCGUCUAGCGCUGUAUGCAGUAUUUGAUGGACAUGGUGGAGUACGUGCUUCAAGGUUUGCAUCCCAGCAUUUGCACAAUAAUCUACGUGAUAAAUUUCCUAAGGGUGAUAUUACUCAGGUAGAGAAGGAAAUAAAAAGAAUUUUCAUUGAUGCAUUUAAAAAGACGGAUGAAGAUUUCUUAAAAGAAGCUACUAAAAAUAAACCAUCAUGGAAAGAUGGGACAACAGCUGUAGUUGUGCUGGCAAUUAAUGAUACUUUGUACAUUGCAAAUCUUGGAGAUAGCAAAGCAGUUUUGUGUCGAUUCAAAGAUGGAGAACAGAGGUGUGUUGGUAUUCCUUUAACAACUGAUCACAGCCCAUCUUUGUAUGAAGAAAGAAUGAGAAUACAAAAAGCAGGAGGGAAUGUUAGGGAAGGUAGGGUGAUGGGUGUGUUGGAGGUGGCUCGAUCUAUUGGGGAUGGCCCAUACAAAAAUCAUGGCGUUACCUGUAUACCUGAUAUCAAGAGGUGCCAGUUGACAGAUAAUGACAGGUAUCUUAUGAUUGCCUGUGAUGGGCUCUGGAAGAGUUAUAGUGUGGAUGAAAGUAUACAGUAUGUCAACAAAAUAUUGGAGGACAAGAAUCUCCAAUCCAGUGGUAAGAAAUCAGAAAAAGACAUCAAGUUUGACGCAGUGUGUAACAAACUGGCUAAUGCAGCUGUGUUGCGUCUCAGUGGCGACAAUGUCACCGUCAUAGUGGUAGAUAUUCACAAACGGCAGUGAAUGGUUGCCACCCGACCUGUGUCUUAAACAACUUGUUAACUGUUAAUGAUGUUGUUAUGUAGGAAUGUAAUCAUAAGUUAUGUGGAAUGGAAUUUAAUUAAAUGUUCUAUAUGUUACCACUAGUACAAAGUAUAUUCAUAUUCUCUGCUAGUGAACAAAUGGGAAUUGAAAUUGUUUUUUUUUUUUUUUUGCUAUUUCCUGAACAACAUUAUUCCUGUUAUACUAAGACUAUGAGUUGUUUUACGUAGUGAGUUAUGAAUUAUUUGCUUUAGCUUGACUAAAGCUUUAUUGAUAAAUGAUGCCUAAAUGUGCAGAGCACAUACUUCUUUUUGCUUGGUAUAUUAUGUUUAAAACAAAUUGCCUAAACAUUGUGUCUUCUGACUAAAAUAAAAAACUUAAAUGAUUGUUGCUAUUUACAGAUGUUAACUGAUAAAUCACAGUCACUUGAUCACUUUCAACAAAAUCACAUGUCCUUAUUUUAAAUCCAACAUUUAGCUGUAUCAUAAUCUUUGUUCAUUGGCAUGCAGCUCAUGAACUAAAAAUUAUCAUUCAUUAUUUUUUAAAUCAUAAUUGUUUAUUGUCUCACUUUUUUUUUAUUUUGGCACAUUUUUACCUUUUUCCUUAUAUCAUCCAAUUUCUAUUUCAUAUUGAAUGGAUGUCAGAAGACUUACAUUUACAUAAUUCAAUGCUUUCUUCUUGCCAAUAUAAGAAUUGUUCUUCUAUUAGUCAGACUAUUGCUCAGGAUGUUUUGGCAGUUCAGAUAAAUAUACUAGACCUCAAGAGAGUAUAAAUCAAGGGAAGUAAUUAAAGACUUGGGUUUUCAUUAUUAUUGUUGUAUUGAAAAGGGACAUAACUUCCUUUGGUAACUAACCCCCUCAACUAUAGUAGACCACAGGUCAGUGUUACCAACUCCUACCAUCAAAUUGUUACAGUCAGCUCAUCUGUUUUCAUUCAUUCAUGUUAAUCAGUGCAUGUCUGUUUAAAGAUAAAAGCAACCACCAGUUCUAUUUUAAGACCCCUCACCUUUUUCAUUCAUCUAAUAAUGUAAUCAUUAUAAUCAUAAACCAUGUUUGAAAUUACCACUGCCUCUGUAUGUUGAUAUGUUUAUGUGACCAGCAAUACCUGAACUAAGGGGAAAUUCAUACUUGUGGUACAUGCAGUAGGGACAGUCAGCCCCUGGCAUAACUUGAACUGUAUCUGUAAAAUAA